AUUGUUUUCAUUUUGGCACAAUUAAUGUUGUUUCAGCAUGUACACAAUGAAUGGGCUGUAGGAGUGUUAAGUGAUGCUGAGAAUCUAACAGAAGACAGAGUGGAUGAAGUUUUGAAUGCUUUUUUGCAAGAUUUAAAGGAGGGUUUGUUGGAAACUAAAAACUGGCCUCUAAUAUUACCUGCAUAUACACUAUCAAACGCAGCAGUGAAUGCUUACACAAGAAUAUUGGCCAAGAAAUACUCAAGUUUUCUCAUCAACUGUGUUUGUCCAGGCUAUGUCAAAACUGAUAUGACUAUCAAUUGUGGCAAAUUGAGUGUUGAAGAGGGUGCUGAAAGUCCUGUUUGGCUUGCUCUUUUACCUGAGGGAGGCCCAUCAGGAAAGUACUUCAAUAGGAAAGAGGUGUCACCUUUCUAAUAAAAUUGGCAAUCUAAUGAGUUGGUUGGUGCGUAUGCACUAAUGAUAGAAAUUGUAAUUAAAAAAAUUACUGUGGCAUUACACUGGGCUGUUGUUAUUGUUGUUGUUAAACUUAAUACUCUCUUUAUUCCAGUAUAUUUGUCAUAAACCCAGUGUUGAUUUUGCCCCAAAUCUCGCCGAUUAAAGUGUAGAUAUUGAAUA